AUGGAUACCAUCCAGUAUCUUGACCUGAACGGGAAACUCGUCAGAUCGACUUUCGAAGAGUACAACGCGCGCUACGCCCAACUCCAGUCGAUGUCGACGCCACAAGCACCGCUACCAGGCCAUGGCCACCCACCACCACAGGGAAACGUAUCGCUGCUCGCUCCUCCCUCGACCCGAGCAUCGCCAAGGAACAUCGCCCCCCGUCCACCUCAAGCAGCGUCUACCGACGUUGCUGCUCAUCCGACUCAAACAGCACCACACAACAGCCCGUCCCCGGCCGUCAUCCCUCCACCCUCCAGGCCAUCCACACCCGACCCCCACCCCUUAAACGAGCACAAAGCCACCACCCUCGUCCGCGCCAUCUACGCCCGCUUCCCCCCCCACCACUCCCACCCGCACCCUCUUCGACGCCUCCUGCGCCUCAUUCAACAACGGCACCACCAACGAAGUCGAGUUCUACAUGUCCCUCUACCGCCUCCUGCACACCAACAACGCCAUCGACCUGAUCCCGAUGCUGCAGACGCUGAUGCCGAAGGGGUGGCAGGGGAGUGA